AUGCUUUGGCUGCUGCUGCUUCUGUCCAUGUGGAUGGGGCCUGAACAAACUGAGUCUGCUCACGCUAAUGAACGGAGAGUUGUUGCGCACAUCCCUGGUGACAUCAUCAUCGGAGCGCUGUUCUCCGUCCAUCAUCAGCCUCCUGCCGACAAGGUCCAUGAGCGCAAAUGUGGCGCGGUGCGAGAGCAGUACGGCAUCCAGCGGGUGGAGGCCAUGAUGUACACCUUAGACCGCAUCAAUGCCGACCAGCACAUCCUUCCCAACAUCACUCUGGGAUGUGAGAUCCGAGACUCCUGCUGGCACUCAGCUGUAGCUCUGGAGCAGAGCAUCGAGUUCAUACGAGAUUCACUGGUCUCCUCCGAUGAGGCAGAGGAAUGGGGUGGAGGAGGACCCUGGGGAAUAGGAGGAGGAGGAGGUGGAGGAGGAGGAGGAGGAGGAGGAGGAGGAGGAGGAGGAGGAGGUGGUACGCCGACGAUGAAGUGUGCAGACCCUGCUGCUACUCCCAUGCGAGGGAAGAAACCCAUUGUGGGUCUAAUUGGGCCAGGGUCAAGCUCAGUGGCCAUCCAAGUCCAGAACCUCCUACAGCUGUUCAACAUACCACAGAUUGCCUACUCUGCCACCAGUAUGGACCUCAGUGAUAAGAGCCUUUACAAGUACUUUAUGCGGGUGGUACCUUCAGAUGCCCAGCAGGCAAGAGCGAUGGUGGACAUUGUAAAAAGAUACAACUGGAGCUACGUGUCUGCCAUACACACUGAAGGCAACUAUGGUGAAAGUGGGAUGGAGGCAUUCAAGGACAUGGCAGCCAAGGAAGGCAUCUGUAUCGCUCACUCUGGUAAAAUCUGGAGCAAUGCUGGCGAGCAUAGCUUUGACCGUCUGCUGGAGCGACUGAGGGGUCACCUGCCCAAAGCCAGAGUGGUGGCGUGUUUCUGUGAAGGCAUGACUGUCCGCAACAUCCUCAUGGCCAUGAGACGCCAGGGACUGGUGGGCGAGUUCCUUCUCAUCGGCAGUGACGGAUGGGCAGACCGCUACGAUGUGACAGACGGCUUUGUGAGGGAAGCAGCCGGCGGUAUAACCAUCAAGCUCCAAUCCGCUGACGUCAAAUGGUUUGAUGAUUACUACCUUAAACUCCGUCCUGAGAACAACCUGAGAAACCCCUGGUUCACAGAAUUCUGGCAGCAUCGUUUCCACUGUCGACUGAAGGGCCACCCACAGGAGAGCAACAAGUACAACCGCACCUGUGGCAAGCGAGAGUCACUCCGGCAGCAGUAUGCGCAGGACACUAAGAUGGGUUUUGUCAUUAAUGCGAUCUACUCGAUGGCAUAUGGCCUGCAUAACAUGCAACGGGCGCUCUGCCCAGGCUAUCAGGGCCUGUGUGAUGCCAUGCGACCUAUAGAUGGCGCUACAUUGCUCGACUUCCUGAUGAAAACCAACUUCACAGGCGUGUCUGGGGAGGGAGUCCUGUUUGAUGUGAAUGGAGACUCACCUGGCAGGUAUGAAAUAAUGAACUUUAAGAAGAUGGGGAAGGACUAUUAUGACUACAUUAACGUGGGCAGUUGGGACAACACGGGCUUGAAGAUAGAUGACGAUGAAAUCUGGCCGAACAAAGACACCAUCAUCAAGUCAGUCUGCAGUGAACCUUGUGCCAAGGGUCAGAUUAAGGUGAUCCGUAAAGGUGAGGUGAGCUGCUGCUGGACGUGUACUCCCUGUAAAGAAAAUGAGAUUGUGUUUGACGAGUACACCUGCCGAGCCUGUGAACUGGGCUCCUGGCCUGUCUUUGACCUCACAGGCUGUGACCCAAUCCCAGUGGAGUACCUACGUUGGGGAGACCCCGAACCUAUAGCUGCUGUGGUUUUUGCCUGCCUCGGGCUCAUGUUCACCUUCUUUGUCACUGCAGUCUUCAUCAGGUUUCGUGAUACCCCAGUAGUGAAAUCUUCCAGUAGGGAGCUAUGCUACAUAAUACUGGCAGGGAUCUGUUUGGGGUACCUGUGCACCUUCAGCCUGAUAGCCAAACCCCACGUCGUCCACUGCUACCUCCAACGUCUGGGAAUCGGCCUGUCUCCUGCCAUGAGCUAUUCUGCGCUUGUCACCAAGACGAACCGCAUCGCACGGAUACUAGCAGGCAGCAAGAAGAAGAUCUGUACAAAGAAGCCUCGCUUUAUGUCUGCCUGCGCUCAGCUCAUCAUCGCCUUCCUCCUCAUACUGCUACAACUGGGGAUCAUCGUGGCUCUCUUCCUCAUGGAGCCACCAGAGGUGAUCCAUGACUACCCCAGCAUCCGCCAGGUCAACCUCAUUUGCCACACCACUAACCUGGGUGUGGUUGCCCCACUGGGGUACAACGGCCUGCUCAUCCUCAGCUGCACCUUCUAUGCCUUCAAGACCCGCAACGUCCCGGCCAAUUUUAAUGAGGCGAAGUACAUUGCCUUCACAAUGUAUACCACCUGUAUAAUCUGGCUCGCCUUUGUGCCCAUCUACUUUGGCUCCAACUACAAAAUUAUCACCAUGUGCUUCAGUGUCAGCCUCAGCGCUACUGUUGCCCUCUGCUGUAUGUUCGUACCCAAGGUGUACAUCAUUCUGGCCAAACCAGAGCGAAACGUGCGCAGUGCCUUCACCACGAGCACGGUGGUGCGCAUGCACGUGGGUGACGGCAAAUCCUCCUCAGCUGCCAGCCGCUCUUCUAGUCUGGUGAACCUGUGGAAACGCAGAGGCUCGACUGGAGAGACACUGAGCUCCAACGGGAAGUCAGUGUCUUGGGCGCAGACGGAGCGCAGCGGUUCCCGCGGCAACCACCUGUGGCAGCGGCUGUCUUUCCACAUCAAAAAGAAGGAGAACAACCAAACCGCCGUCAUCAAGCCCUUCUCCAAAACCUCUGAGGAGCGUUACUCCGGAGGGGGGGACCUGCCGCCUCACGUCCCUCUGCCCUCCCUCCCCUCCAUGUCCUCCCUGCCCUCUCAUCACGACACUGGCACCGACAAAACCCUGUACGAGCUCUCCGAAGCCGAGGAGCGGUACUCCAUCACGUAUCGGCCUCAGACGCCUUCCCCGAUCAGCACGGUGAGCCAAAGACUCGGAGCCGGUUUAGGGGCGGAGCAGCAGAUGAGUGGCAUGCCGAUGUACCAGAGCAGCAUCUGCAGCGGCGGCAGCGGGAGCAGUUGCGGUCGAGCCAGCAGCGGCUCCAUCGUAACCGGGAGCGACGGCCGCUUGAUCAUCGUGGACGAUCACCCGGGAGAGUGCCAAAGCUCGCUGAUGGACCAGAUCAGCUGCGUGGUGAACCGCUUCACCGCCAACAUCACCGAGCUCAACAGCAUGAUGUUGUCGACCUCGCCGACUCACUCUGUCACGCACAAACACACGCCUCCGUCGCCGCACCCCACCGACCCGUACCUGCUACCCCGCGAAAUCCAGAUGCCUCCGACCCACCUCACCACCUACGCCGACGUGCAGCCCCUUCCCUUGGUCGAAUCGGGCUUGGCAAGCCGAGGUGGCUGUCUGGUUCACCCGGUUCCUCCUCAUUCGCCUUACCCCCUGCCGCCUCCUCAUCCCCAGGCCCCCUCCCCCUCUCUAUCCCCCAUGCGAGGAGGCUUGGUCACCUGCCUCACCGACUCCCCGCUGAGAAGGGCGGAUUUGGAAGACGAGCUUAUUGCUUUGACUCCUCCGUCACCUUUCCGCGACUCUCUGGCGUCCAGCAGCGGCUCACCCGUCUCAGAGACAGAUCUGUGUCUACCCCCAGUUCCUUCCCAUCCUCCCCCGUCCCCUCCGUCGCCGAGGUACAGCAGACUGACGCUCAGAAACUACAGCCAGAGUUCCUCCUCGCUGUGA